UCAGAGCCGGGCGGGCGUGCUGGGGCGCAGGGCGCGCUGCGGAGCGGAGCUGCGGCCCGACGGCGGUGCGCGGGGGCGAGGUGCGCAGGCGACGCCCGGCCCGAACCCGGUGCCCCGCGGGCUCCCCACCCGCCGGCCUCCCGCCCCGCCCGCGCCUCCCGCGCCUCUGCCCGGGGACCACGUCGGCCUUUUGUUGCCGCAUCGUCCUUUCUUCCAGCGCUUUGCGCAGCAACGGAAAUUUCACCGCUCCUGGGUGAACAUUAAAGGAUCUCUCUCUCCCUCUCUCUCUCCCCCCCUCUUUCUCGCCCCCUCUCUCUUUCCCUCUCUCUCCCCCUCCUCCCUCUCCCCCCUCCCCCCUUGUUCGCGGAGCCGGAGUCCGCACCGCCACGCGCGGGAGCCGGCUGAGCGCCUUGCGCAGCUCGGCUGCCGCCCCUUCCAUGGGCGCCGCGCUCGCCUGCAGCCGCCGCCGCGGGGCGGGCGCGAUGCCGCGAUGGGCCUGAUCUGGCUGCUGCUGCUCAGCCUGCUGGAGCCCGGCUGGCCCACGGCGGGCCCCGGGGCGCGGCUUCGGCGCGAUGCGGGCGGCCGCGGCGGCGUCUACGAACACCUCGGCGGGGCGCCCCGGCGCCGCAAGCUCUACUGCGCCACCAAAUACCACCUCCAGCUGCACCCGAGCGGUCGCGUCAACGGCAGCCUGGAGAACAGCGCCUACAGCAUCCUGGAGAUCACGGCGGUGGAGGUGGGCAUCGUGGCCAUCAGGGGGCUCUUCUCUGGGCGGUACCUGGCCAUGAACAAGAGGGGCCGGCUCUACGCUUCGGAGCACUACAGCGCCGAGUGCGAGUUUGUGGAGCGGAUCCACGAGCUGGGCUAUAACACGUACGCCUCCCGGCUGUACCGGACGGUGCCCAGCGGGCCUGGGGCCCGGCGGCAGCCCAGCGCCGAGAGACUGUGGUACGUGUCUGUGAACGGCAAGGGUCGGCCCCGCAGGGGCUUCAAGACACGCCGCACGCAGAAGUCCAGCCUGUUCCUGCCCCGCGUGCUGGACCACAAGGACCACGAGAUGGUGCGGCUGCUCCACAGCGGCCAGGCCAGGCCCCCGGGCAGGGGCGCUCAGCCGGGGAGGCCCCGGGGCGCGAAGCCCUCCUGUGCCCCAGCCCCGCGGCUGGGCUCCAGGCUCACGGCUGGGGUGGCCUAG